AUGGGGAGGCAGAGUACCUCAGAGGCUGUCUUCAUCGCACUCAACUACAACAUCACUAUUGUAGGGAAGGCAUCGCUGGUCCUGAUGGUCUUCUUGCGUAUACUGGUCCUCCUCUUUGCUGGCUAUCCUCUCUACCAGGAUGAGCAGGACAGAUUUGUGUGCAACACUAUCCAGCCUGGCUGUGCCAACAUGUGUUACGAUAUAUUCGCUCCACUGUCCUUAUUCCGCUUCUGGCUGGUCCAGCUCACUUCCAUUUGCCUACCUUACAUUAUGUUUGUAGUCUAUGUGAUCCACAAAGUUAUGUCCAACCUGCCGGCUGAUCUGGAAGCUUCUGAGAGGAUGAAGCUUGGAUCUCUCUACAAGAUCUACAAGGAACCUUUGCGUGAUGCAUCUCUGUCAAAGGCCAGUGUGAAGUCUGAGGUUGGGAGGCUGCACCAUUUCACAGGGGCCUACAUAUUCCACCUUCUGCUCAUGAUUCUUUUAGAAGCUGGUUUUGGAGCUGCCCAUUACUACCUGUUCGGUUUCCACAUCCCUAAGCGCUUCAUGUGCCAGCAGACUCCAUGCACCAUCAUGGUGGACUGCUACAUAUCCAGACCAACUGAGAAAACCAUCAUGCUGAUCUACAUGCUGGGGGUGGCUGCCCUGUCCCUUCUUCUCAACCUCUUUGAUCUGACAUGUGCCAUCAAGCGGUCAGUCAGGAAGAAGAGCAAGAAGAAGGUGCUGGUGGAGAAGAUGUAUGAGGAAGAGAGGUACUUUGUUUCUGGAAAUGGAGGCACAAACUCUGGCCACCCUGUAACUCAGGACUUGCUGAGCAGAGGAAGCUUCCGUAAAAGAAUUACCAAGGCCUGUGCUGAUGACGGUGCUUCACUGCAAUUAGACGGUCACCUUCACCUACCUGCACCUAAUGAAGGGCCUCCUCUAGGUAUCAACCUUGGCAUACCUGGCUCUAUCAAUGGUAACAAAACUAAUGGUUAUCCUAUUCCUCAGGAUGAAGGGAUGGAGCAGGAAGGUAGUGAAGUGGCACUUUGUCCACCUGAAUCUUUGGGCACUCCCAGGUCCAUCCGGGUCAAUAAGCGUAGUCGUCUCAAGCCACCACCUCCGCCUAGGAAGGACAGACCUACAAGUGCAGGGGUGCUGGACAUCACAGAAGCAACAAAGAAAGUAGGGCAGUACACGCUGGUGGAGAUGAGCACGGGAAAUGAGCAGUCUUCCAGAAGUGGAGAUGGAAAGGAGAAGAAGUCUGAGUGGGUGUGA